CGGCUCCUGGUCCCGGCUCUGAGUUCAGGCCUGAGGCCGGAGGUGCGGGUCCAGUUCCGUGUUUUGCAGCGGCCUCUCUCUGUGUGAGUGUGGCAGCGGCGCAGGGUGAAAGCGGUGGGAAACAGAAACACUAUGGCUGCCUCGCUGUCUCUUACUCAGCUCUCCAGUGGAAAUCCCAUCUAUGACAAAUACUAUCGACAGGUUGAUCCAACUGGCAGUGGGCGGGUGACGGCAGCCGAUGCAGCUCUGUUCCUGAAAAGGUCGGGCUUGGCUGACCUGGUCCUGGGGAAGAUUUGGGAUUUGGCAGACUCUGAACGUAAAGGCUCUCUUAGCAAACAGCAAUUCUUUAUAGCUUUGCGGUUGGUAGCCUGUGCUCAAAAUGGCCUGGAGGUGGCACUCAAGAGCCUUCAUGUGGCUGUUCCUCCCCCCAAAUUUCAUGACACUAGCAGCCCGCAGUUAGCAGGAGGAGCGCCUGGCGACACACCCUGGGUUGUCAAGCCUGAAGAGAAGAUGAAGUUUGAUUCCAUCUUUGAGAGUCUAGGUCCAGUAGGUGGCAUCCUAACAGGAGACAAGGUUAAGCCUGUCCUGCUUAACUCCAAACUUCCAGUGGACAUCCUCGGCAGGGUGUGGGAGCUCAGUGACCUCGACAGAGAUGGCAUGUUGGACAAAGAUGAAUUUUCUGUGGCCAUGUAUUUGGUGUACAGAGCGUUGGAGGGGGAGGCUGUUCCCAUGUCCCUACCACCUCCCCUGGUUCCACCCUCCAAGAGGAAAAAACCCUCGGUGCCUCCUGUGGUGCCCCUGUUACCCUCGCCCCCCUCUGCCAAAGAAAGUCGCUCCUCCCACGCUGGCUCUAAGACCAUGCCCCCCCCUCCUAAACCCGCCCCAGCUCCUGUCCCAGCACCAGCAGCUGCUUCUUGGGUGGUGUCACCAGCAGACAAAGCCAAAUACGAUGAGCUCUUCAACAAGACAGACGGUGACAUGGACGGGCUCGUGUCUGGACCUGAGGUCAGAGAUAUCUUUCUGAAGACUGGGCUGCCCUCUGCCACACUUGCACGUAUCUGGGAGGUUUGUGACAUUGGAGACAUCGGGAAACUGACUCGAGAGCAGUUUGCCCUGGCGCUCUAUCUGAUCAAUCAGAAGCUGACGAAAGGCGUGGACCCUCCGCAGAGCCUGACCCCAGAGAUGAUCCCUCCCUCUGACCGACAAAACAUCAAACAGAACAACUUGCUCAACUUGGCAGCCGACUUCUCAGCCAUUAAGGAGCUUGACUCUCUCAGUAAUGAGAUUGUUGAACUACAACGAGAGAAGAUCACUGUGGAAGAGGAGAUCAAGGAGAAAGAGGAGGCCAUCAGACAGCGCAGCAAUGAAGUGCAGGACUUACAAGAAGAAGUGGGGAGGGAGAGUGAGGAGCUGCAGCGGCUCCAGACUCAGCGUCAGAAGGUCCAAGAGACGUUGGACGAGCUGGACCAACAGAAGGGCUCCCUGGAGGAGCAGCUGGCUCACAUCCGCCAACAGACCACCCAGGAGACACAAUUGAUCACAUCGCUGCAGUCGGAGCAUGAGGAGCAGGAACAGAUGAUAUGUCAGUAUGAGGAGGAGCUUGUCCAGGCCCGAGAGGAGCUGCUUGCUCUGCAGGAGGAGAGCAGGAGGCUGCAGGAGAAAGUCCAGGCUGCACAGGAGCAGCUCACACCUCUGCAAGAGUCUGUGCGAGACUCAUUCAAACAAGUUGCACAGGUUCAACAGAAACUGAACAACCUUCAAGUGGAGGAAAGGUCAGUGACUGCCCAGCUCAGCUGGAAGAGAGCCCUGGAGGACAGCUCUCCUGUCAUGGUCAAUGGAUCAGCAGGUACUGCAGCAGAGCUGCACCAGGGGGACCCCUUCCAACAGGACCUCUUCCAGGAGGACCAGCCUAGAGAGCUGAAGCUAGAAGAACCAACUGCUUUCUUCAGUUUUCAGAAAGAACAUUCCGAUCAAAAAGAGAUAGAAGCAAAUGAGAAUGAAGAAGAGGAGGAGAUGCAGGACAAGGAAGAUGAAAGUCCAAAUACUCCAGAGGAGGAAAAACCAAGAUCUGAUGCCUUGGAUGAUCUUUAUACUAGUCUGGCCCCUUCUGAUAUGUACAAUAGUCUAUCAACCUUCCCCAAGCCUCUGAACACUGUCAGGGAAUUCGGUAGCCACGAAGUUUCAUCAGAAGUUGCAGAUGAUGAAGACAAAUCAUCGAAUGAGAGCUCACCAAAGGUGGCAUCAUCAGACCAAGAGAACAAAGAGGAGCAAGCAGAGACGCCUGAAGCCACCACCACCACCACCUCCUCGGUACCAGUAGGCCCCAUGCCACCACAGACCAGCCCACCAACCCUGCCUGAGAUGGACUUCUUUCAUUCAGACCCCUUUACUGACCAUGAUCCAUUUAAAGAUGAUCCAUUUGGAAAAGCAGAUGUUGCAGAUCCAUUUGGAGGAGAUCCAUUCAAAGGGACCGAUCCCUUUGCUGCAGACACUUUCUUCACACAGACCUCCAGCGCCCCCUUCUCCUCAGAAGACCCUUUCUCAGCCCCAGCUGACCCGUUCGUUGCCACUACUGAUGUGCCAGAGCCAGACCUGUUUGCAGCCAAGCUGAACAAUGCAGCACCCGCUCCUGCAGCAGGCCCCGACCCCUUCACCUCCAAACCGACCAAUCCAGCUUCAGCAGCCAAGGGUCCUUUCACCACCACAGAGAACAACAUGGCUGAGUCUGACCCGUUCGGAGGCAAAGUCAAUGCCACAACAGAGGCAGAUCCAUUUGGUUCUCAGGACGGAGAGACCGAUCCGUUCAGCUGCUCGCCAGUCAGCUGCGAUCUGGCAGUGAAGGACACUGCAACGGCCAAUGACCCCUUCGCUCCAGGUGGUACGACAGUGAACGCCAGCUUAGAUGCAGAUCCGUUUGCUGCUGUGUUUGGUAAUGAGUCGUUUGGAGGGGGCUUUGCAGAUUUCAGUGCCUUGACGAAGUCAAACGGGGCUGACCAGUUCGGCAUCAACAAUAAGAACCUGUUCGAGGAAGACACUCCGUCUGCCAGCCCCGACAUGCCCCCUGCUCUGCCCCCGAAAACGGGUACGCCAACGAGACCUCCCCCUCCACCUCCAGGUAAGAAAUCAUCCAUCUCCAGAACAGACUCCUCUGACUCCUUCCAUCGACGAGGGCACUUCCUCCCACAGCCUUCAGGGGACUUCUCCUCCUCUUCCUCCUCGCCCUCCCUGCCUGCCAAGGAUCCUUUAGCCGACCCCUUCGCCCCCUCCUCCCCUCCUCGUCACAACGUACGGGAAGCUGACCGAUUUGCCAGCUUUGACAAAUAUCCAACAGAGGAAGACAUGAUAGAGUGGGCAAAGCGCGAGAGCGAACGGGAGGAAAAGGAGCGACUUGCAAGGCUCACCCAGCAGGAACAAGAGGACCUGGAGCUGGCCAUCGCUCUCAGCAAGUCUGAACUCUCCUGAGAAGCUCUCCUCUUCCUUUCUUUCUUCCCUCCUUCCCUUUCCUCUCUCCUCCUUUCCCAUCCUCCACUGGCCCGGCACGGCACGGCACAGCACAGCCUGGCCCAGCCCAGAAAGCACCAAAGCAAAAGUGGGGACUGUAUAGGACUGAUUCAGCAACACCCGCUGACCCCAUCAGGAGAUUUUCUUUCUGAAUGAAUCCAUCUCUGCAUCUUUCAGCAGCCUCAGCCCUCCUCUCUCUCUCUCUCUCUCUCUCUCUCUCUCUCUCUCUCUCUCUCUCUCUCUCUCUCUCCUCCCCGAGACUGUUCACUGUGCACUGGCAUCGCAGUAUAGUGUCUCUCUCCAUCCUGUCGGCCUCUGUGGUUGUCGUUGGGUGGAGACGACCAAGGACAAGCGCGCGUGUGUGGAUGGUUUUAAAUGAAAUGCAGUGAAUAUUGUCAGGUGUUAGGAUCGUCACACUCUGUUGACCUCAUCACACGGCGACAAAAGGCCACAUUAACUCUGCAGAAUGUAAUUUAUUUAAAGAGUAGACUGAAACAGCCUCGUCAAAAGACAUCUUUAUCCACUAAGUAAACUCACUACCCUUUAAUAACUCACAGCGCUCUAUAGCCUCUCAAACUAUGUUGAGGAUUUCAAAUAUAAGUUAAUGAUGGACAUGACAAAAUGCUCAAUUUUUUAUGUUGUGAAAUGGGAGGUUUUGGAGCAGCUGUGACAAAAUCUUUGCAUUUAUCUUUAAUAUCAUCCAGUGUGAAUAGAGUAACGAUGGCAGAGGGCCUGUGAGAUCUUCUUCUUUUUUUAUUAAUGACAACAUUUCUACGUGUUUAACUGGAAGUUAUUCAUCCUCUGAUAUGUGAAAAACAAAUUGAUACUAAAAAAAAAAAUGAACAAAUCCAUUACAGCUCUAAUGUCUUUUGAAUGGAAGAAGUGCAAAGCUUCGCCCUGCAUCUGUUCUGUCUGUGUUAUAGAAGGUUUAUUUUCUGGGAGAAACUAAAGUUGGAGUGAAGCUACAUCUAUUUCAUAUUAACUACGUGUUCAUUCAUUUUCAAGGCACACUACAACAAUGAAAUGCAUUUUUAAAAACUGUUAUUCGGGGACCUGAUGAAUGGUUUCCUUUUAUCAAGUUUGAAACCUUUGAAGUGUUAAUCCUGACUCAUCUGCACAGAGAACCUGCUGCGAGGUCAGAGGUCAGGGUCGGGCACAGAGCAGCCUCCCCAUGUCUUUACUCAAUGAAGCCCCAGCAGCGUGGAUGCUGGUUGAGUAACUUGUGUAUCAAAAAAUCUUCCUCAAGUGGUAAAUCUCCAUGUUAGAAAUCUCGAUGUGCCUCUGCUGGUGCUUCUCUCAUGAGCAACACAAAGUCAGUCAAAGUCUGGCUUUUGUUGUGGAGCACUUCUCUCUCUCUCUCUGUGUGUGUGAGUGAGUGAGUGAGAAUCUGGUGGAGCCGCGAUAUCCAUACACUGGACCAAUGGAGAAACACUUGGACAAACAUCUGUGUGAUAAACCUAAAAUGACAUUUAUUUGAUGUGAUUUUCACUGUUUGGGAGGAGGCAGGGUUCAUGACUAAUACUGCGGCCAGCCACCAGAGGGCGAUCAAGAUGUUUUGGCUUCACUUUUGGGGACCUGUAAUGUCGUCCAUCUCUAUCUACAGUCUAUGGUUAAGAGUGACACAGCAGGUGGUCAGUCAGAGAUGCUUUGUUGUCCUCUUCUCCCUCCUUUGUUCUCCUCAUCUUUCUGGUUAAAUUUAAUGUUUCUCCCAGAAAAUAAACCCAGUGACUUCACGCUGAUCAUUAAACUGAGGGUUUCUGACAAGGGAAAGCUCGACUGAGCGCAUGAGGUUUUUGUUUCUUUUCUUUGCUUAUUUCCGACCAAACAGAGUUUAACACUUUGAACAUCUCUUACUCGUCUGACUCUUUUUUUAAUUUUAUGUUCAGUGUGAUCAGCAUCAUGUUGUUUCCUCUUGUUUGUGUGUAACCAGUUCAGUGUCUGGUUGAUGCAGCACUGCGGUCUCUCAUAUUGGAGUCUACGUUUAUACAGGAGAACCAGAGCCGCCUGUCUUCGCUGCUUAUCGUCGCCUUGGCUUAACACAUCCGAUUGUUUCAUUCGCUCGCGUUUAAACGCCUCCAGACACAAGACAGUCGUUUGUACAGGCUCCUUGAAUUUUACAAAUUAAGAACCACUGAUGUUUCUAGGCUGAUCCACAAUGGCUUUUUAAAACUCAAGCUAAUUGUAUUUUAUUUUGUAUUUUCUAACGUGUAAUAAAAAUCAUUAUUGGGAGUUUGGCCAGAAUAUAUAAUGCAUUUAAUUGAAACAGAAUAAAUAUUAAACAUGUAGUUUUGCA